CUUUGUGUUUGUGUCUCAGUUACAUAUAUAAAACCGGCCAGUCUUCACCGCGGUGAUAUCAUCGCAUCUCAGAGUUGCCAGCUCACUUAUUGUCUCCGGGCACAGCAAACAGCAGAACAAGUUUUUGGGGAAGGCCAGUCCCCAACCCGACGCCAUGGGGGACGACAGUGAGUGGAUGAAGCUUCCCAUCGACCAGAAAUGUGAACAUAAGGUGUGGAAAGCCCGACUGAACGGUUAUGAAGAAGCUCUGAAGUUGUUCCAGAGGAUCCAGGAUGAGAAGAGUCCUGAGUGGGGGAAGUUCCUGGGACUGAUAAAGAAGUUUGUCACCGAAUCGAACGCUGUGGCUCAGCUCAAAGGCCUGGAAGCUGCUCUGGUCUUCAUCGAGAAUGCACACGUGGCUGGAAAGACGGCGGGGGAGGUGGUGUCAGGCGUUGUGACCAAAGUGUUCAACCAGCCGAAGGCCCGAGCCAAAGAGCUGGGCACGGAUAUCUGCCUGACUUAUGUGGAGAUUGAGAAGGCCGAGGUGGUCCAGGACGAGCUGCUGAAAGGACUGGACAACAAGAAUCCAAAGAUCGUGGUGGCCUGCAUCGAGACGCUCCGGAAGGCCCUCAGUGAGUUCGGGUCUAAAAUCGUGACGUUGAAGCCGGUGGUGAAAGUUUUACCCAAACAGUUCGAGUCCAGAGAGAAAGCUGUGAGAGACGAGGCCAAGCUGCUCGCUGUGGAGAUCUACAAAUGGAUCCGAGACGCUCUGAGACCUUCGCUGCAGAACAUUACGUCUGUACAGCUCAAAGAACUCGAGGAGGAGUGGACAAAGCUGCCUUCAUCUCUUCCAAAGCAGACCAGGUUCCUGCGCUCCCAGCAGGACCUGAGGGCAAAGUUUGAGCAGCAACAAGCACAAGGAGAACAGUCCGAUGGAGAGGAUGAGGAGGAAACGGUAGCAGCUGUGGAUCCGUAUGAUCUGUUGGAACCUGUAGAAAUUCUGUCUAAGCUCCCCAAAGACUUCUACGAUAAGAUUGAAGCAAAAAAGUGGCAGGAGAGAAAAGAAGCUCUAGAAGCUGUCGAGGUUCUGAUCAAGAACCCCAAACUGGAGAACGGAGACUACGGAGACCUGGUCAGAGCCCUGAAGAAGGUCGUGGGGAAAGAUGCCAAUGUGAUGCUGGUGUCGAUGGCGGCCAAAUGUCUGACCGGGCUGGCCUCGGGUCUCAGGAAGAAGUUUGGAUCGUACGCAGGACAGGUGGUUCCAACUAUUCUUGAGAAGUUUAAGGAGAAGAAGCUGCAGGUGGUCCAGGCCCUGCAGGAGGCCAUCGAUGCCAUUUUUCUUACUACGACUCUCCAGAACCUCUCGGAGGACAUCCUGGCUGUGAUGGACAAUAAGAACCCUUCCAUUAAGCAGCAGGCCUCACUGUUCCUGGCCCGUUCCUUCAGACACUGCACUCAGGCCACGCUGCCAAAGAGCCUCCUGAAGCCUUUUUGUGCUGCUCUCAUCAAGCAAGUGAACGACUCGGCCCCGGAGGUCAGAGACGCUGCGUUCGAAGCUCUGGGGACGGCCAUGAAGGUGGUGGGAGAGAAAGCUGUGAACCCUUUCCUGUCCGACUUGGACAAACUCAAACUGGACAAGAUAAAGGAGUGUUCUGAAAAGGUGGAGCUCCCCGGAGGCAAGAAAAGUGCUGCAGGAGGAGGAGGAGCGGAGAAGAAGCCUGCAGCUAAAGCUCCUCCUGCUGCUGAGCCUCCUUCCAGAUCUUCUGCUCCACCCAAGAAGACCCAAAGUGCUGCAGCCAGCAAGCUGUCAGCCGGGCCGCCUAAGAAAGGCAAAGCAGCUGGAGGGAAAACCAAGAAAACCUCAGACAGCAGAGAGGUCGCAGAGACUGAACUCUCUCCCGAGGCGUGCGAGGACCUGGCAGCCGGCGUACUUCCUGCUUCCUGUCUGCAGCAGCUGGACUCGGCCAACUGGAAGGAGAGACUGGCCAGCAUGGAGGAGUUCCAGAGGGCCGUGGAGACGAUGGAUAAAGCUGUGAUGCCCUGCCAGGCUUUAGUCAGGAUGUUGGCCAAGAAACCAGGCUGGAAAGAGACGAACUUUCAGGUGAUGCAGAUGAAGCUUCACAUCGUGGCUCUUGUCGCUCGGCGGGGACAGUUCUCCAAGACGUCGGCCUUGGUGGUUUUGGACGGUUUGGUGGAUAAGAUCGGAGACGUGAAAUGUGGCGGAAACGCUAAAGAAGGUCUGACGGCGAUCGGAGAGGCGUGCUCGCUGCCGUGGACAGCAGAACAGGUCGUCUCCAUGGCGUUCGCUCAGAAGAACCCCAAGAACCAGGCCGAGGCGCUCAACUGGCUGGCCAAUGCCAUGAAGGAGUUUGGAUUCACCGGCAUCAACGUGAAAGGAUUCAUCAACAACGUGAAGACUGCUCUGGGAGCAACGAAUCCGGCCGUUCGCACCGCCGCCAUCGCCCUGCUGGGAGUCAUGUACCUGUACAUGGGAGCGCCGCUCCGCAUGUUCUUCGAAGACGAGAAGCCGGCUCUCCUCUCACAGAUCGAUGCCGAGUUUGAAAAGAUGCAGGGUCAGUCUCCUUCAGCUCCAACCAGGUUCACCAAGAAGGCGGCGGCAGCCGCAGAGGAAGAGGGGGAUGAAGGAGAAGAGCAGGACGAAGACGGAGGAGGAGGAGGAGGAGGAGGAGGAAGGCAGGACAUCAUGGACUUACUGCCGCGAACUGACAUCAGUGAUAAGAUCUCGUCCAGCCUGGUGUCUAAAAUCGAGGACAAGAACUGGAAGAUCAGGAAGGAGGGUCUGGAUGAAGCUGCUGCCAUCAUCUCCGAGGCCAAAUUCAUCACGGCCAACAUCGGAGAGCUUCCUCUGGCUUUGAAAGGACGACUUGGCGACUCCAAUAAGAUCCUGGUCCAACAGACUCUGAGUAUUCUGCAGCAGCUGGCCACAGCCAUGGGACCUGGACUCAAGCAGCACGUCAGAGCUCUGGGUUUCCCCAUCAUCACAGUUCUGGGAGACAGCAAGCCCAACGUGAGGACUGCUGCCAUGACGACGCUUCAAGCAUGGGUGGAGCAGACGGGGAUGAAGGACUGGUUGGAAGGAGAAGAUCUGUCCGAGGAGCUGAAGAGGGAGAACCCCUUCCUGAGGCAGGAGGUGUUCGGCUGGUUGUCUGAGAAGCUGCCCACCCUAAGGACCAUCCCCGGGGAUCUGAUGCUGUGCGUCCCUCUCCUCUACGCCUGCCUGGAGGACAGAAACGGAGACGUGAGGAAGAAGGCUCAGGACGCCUUGCCCACCUUCAUGAUGCACCUGGGAUAUGACAAAAUGAGCAAAGCUAUGGGGAAACUCAAACCCGCCUCCAAGGAUCAGGUGGCCGCCAUGUUGGAAAAGGCCAGAGCGGUGAUGCCAGCUAAACCUGCAGCGCCGGCCAAAUCAGGAGGAGGAAAGGGUUCUGCUGAGCCAAGCAGAGCUCAAUCAGCCUCCAGAUCUGCAGCAGCUGCUGAGGAUUUCACCGACAACAAAGCUGAGGCAAAGAAAGUCCGAGGAGGAGGAGUGGCUGCUAAGAAGGGUCCGGCCGGGAAGAAGCCUGGAGCUAAAGGCCCCAAGGACGAUGAGGAUAAGUCUGGGCCAAUCUUCAUCCUCAUCCCCAACGCCAAGGAGCAGAGGAUCAAAGAGGAGAAGCAGCUGAAGAUUCUGAAGUGGAACUUCAUCACUCCUCGAGACGAGUACGUGGAGCAGCUGAAAACCCAGAUGUCCACCUGCUUUGCCAAGUGGCUGCAGGACGAGCUGUUCCACUUCGACUUCCAACGACACGUGAAGGCCAUCGGAGUCAUGAUUGAGAGGUUGGAGAGCGAGAGCAUGGCCACCAUCGGUUGUCUGGACCUAAUCCUGAAGUGGUUCACCUUCCGGUUCUUCGACACCAACACCACGGUCCUGAUGAAGGUUCUGGAGUACCUGAAGCUGCUGUUCACCAUGCUCAAAAGGGAGGACUAUCACCUGACGGAUUACGAAGCCAACUCCUUUAUCCCGUACCUCAUACUGAAGGUCGGAGAGUCGAAAGACGUUGUUCGUAAAGAUGUUCGUGCCAUCUUCACCAUGCUGUGUAGAGUUUAUCCUGCAUCCAAGCUCUUCUCUUUCCUUAUGGAGGGAACCAAGUCCAAGAACUCCAAACAGAGAGCAGAGUGUCUGGAGGAGCUGGGCUGUUUGAUCGAGGGCUUCGGGGUGAACGUGUGCCAGCCGACGCCGGCCAAAUCCCUGAAGGAGAUCGCCGUCCACAUCGGAGACAGGGACACAUCUGUCCGCAACGCCGCCCUGAACACGGUGGUGGCCGUCUACAACGUCUGUGGAGAGCAGGUCUACAAACUCAUCGGAAACCUGUCUGAGAAGGACAUGAGCAUGUUGGAGGAGAGGAUCAAACGGUCGGCCAAGAAGACGCCGGCGGCGGCAGUGACCAAACAGAACGCAGCAGAGAAAACACAGCGAGAACAACCUGCAAACCCCAACGCCACCUUCCUCCGCAAGCCGGCGCAGGAAGACCCCAACAAGCUCAAUCAUUCCCGUCAGAACGCGCAGCACAACGAGCCGUCCCACCCCUCCAUCCCCAAAGAGUUCCAGCUGGACCUGGACAUGAUCGAGAGAGACCAGAGCCUGGUGAGCGAGCUGCCGGACCUGGUCCAACACAAGCUGGAUGAGCUGCUGGAGCCCAUCAUGAUCCCCGAGCCCAAGAUUCGCGCCGUCUCGCCACAUUUCGACGACCUCCACAACAGCACGGCCUCCACCAUCAACUUCGUCAUCUCUCAGGUGGCGAGCGGUGACAUCGGCACCAGCAUCCAGGCGCUGGCUCAGAUCGACGAGGUUCUGCGACAGGAGGACAAAGCGGACGUCAUGUCGGGUCACAUCGACCAGCUGCUCAUCGCCACCAUCAUGCAGCUGAGGCUCAUCAACAGCAGGUACCUGGCUCACGACCGCGUGGACAAGAGGGACGUCAUCAAACUGUACAGCUGCAUCAUCGGGAACCUGCUGUCUCUCUUCUCCGUGGAGACUCUGGCCAAGGAGGCGUCUGUGGGUGUCCUGAAGGACCUGAUGCACGGCCUGAUCACGCUGAUGCUGGACAGCAGGGUGGAGGACGUGGAAGAUGGAACGCAGGUCAUCAGGUCCGUCAACCUGCUGGUGAUCCGGGUCCUGGAACACUCGGACAGCACCAACAUGAUCAGCGCGCUGCUCGAGCUGCUCCAGGACACGCUGAUCUCCACGGCGGUCUCCUCCACCUUCUCAGAGCUCGUCAUGAAGUGUCUGUGGAAGAUGAUCCGCUUCCUGCCAGAAAGCAUCAACAGCAUCAACCUGGACCGGAUCCUUCUGGACGUCCACAACUUCAUGAAGGUUUUCCCCAAAGAGAAACUCAAGCAGCUGAAGACCGAUGUCCCACACCGGACCAUGAAGACCCUGUUACACACGCUGUGCAAGCUGACCGGGGCCAAGAUCCUGGACCACCUGUCCAUGAUCGAGAACAGAAACGAGUCCGAGCUGGAGGCCUACCUGAGGCGGGUCGUGAAGCAGUCCGGGAACCUGUCGGGAUCAAAGAGCGACCGGGGGAACGAGAAGGGCGGCCUGCGCACGGACGACCACAUGUCGAAGGCGAAGGUCAGCGACGUUCUGUCGGAGAUCUUUAAGAAGAUCGGCUCCAAGGAGAACACUAAAGAGGGUCUGAUGGAGCUGUACGAGUACAAACAGAAGUACUCCGACGCCGACCUGGAGCCGUUCCUCAAAAACACGUCUCAGUUCUUCCAGAGCUACGUGGAGCGAGGCCUCCGCAUGAUCGAGUCCGAGAGGGAGGGUAAAACCCGGAUCCAGGGCUCCUCAGUGAUCCCGCAGCACAGCGUGGACUCCGCUCUGAGCACCAACGACGAGCUGAGACCGGCCGUUUACUACGAGAGGCUGAAGAUCCUCCGACAGAGACAGGGACUGGAGAACACAUCCAGGCAGCAGGGCGUCGGCGGGAACGAGGACGAGCCUCAGCAGCGACCGGCCAUCUCCUCGCUGCUGUCCUCCAAGCCGCCGGUGGCGUCGUCCACCGACAUGCUCCACAGCAAGCUGUCGCAGCUGAAGGAGUCCCGCGAGCUGUACCAGCAGGAGCACCACUCCCACUCCAACUCCCCCACCCACGGCCGCUCCGCCCCCGCCAACCUGGACGACCUGAAGAAACGCCUGGAGCGGAUAAAGAGCAAACGGCAGUGAAGCACCCCCCUCCCCGACUUUGUACAGAUUGAACCUCUGAUGGCGUUCUUCUGUGGUGUUGCAGAAACUAUCGGAGUUGUAGCGCCCCCUGCAGUCUGCAGUGACUUUUAAUUUUGUGUAAAUAAAGUUUGCUGUAAUAAAAUCUGUAGUUUUAGUUUCACGUUCUCUGCUGAGGAUGAGGAAGAUGGCGGUAGCUCCAUCUGUUCGGUGGAGGUUUGAGUGAAACUUGUUUCAGUUUUUUUAAUCCAGACGUCGGCCAUUUUAUUGUUGCGCUUGUAUU